AUGCCGGGAACCGUCAAGCAAAAGGAAAUGGUCAGGCGAAGGCAAUCGCGCACCCCAAUCAAGGUGGACUAUGUCAUCGGAGAUGGCCCUCCCGACCAGCAGGAACUUUUGAUCCUGGAGAAGAAAAUUGCAGAUCUCGAAACACAUAAUGAUAUGCUCAACCGAUCUUGCAAGAAGUUGUGCGAUAGCCAGGAUGCCUUGAAAAGGAACUUCGCAACGGACAGGUUUAUGCUGGGAGAGAAUCAUGCCAAAGAGAAGCAGAGCUGGGUUUCAGAAGUGCAGAAGCUGAAGGAUGAGAUCUGUCGAUUGAAGCUGCAGGUCAAUGAGAAACAAGCCAGGCCAAAAGGUAUCCUGAAGAGCUCUCCGUCGAGGUCCAAGGAGGAGGAUUUGCCUCGAGCUGUCUAUCUUCUGCGUUUUGAGCGUCGGACAAGCCAGCUCGAAAGUCAUGCCGACAUCAUGGGCGCGUGUUCCGAUGUCGAAAGUGCGAACAAAGCUGCAAUGACUGCCUACAAGCAGAAAUGCGACAAUUGGGGAGAACUCCCUGUCACCGAUCUCGGAGUCUCAGAUGACCUCUGCCACCCACGCAUUGGCUCGCCAUCAGCGACCAGCUCAUUGAGAAUCAAGAACAACGUACCACUACACCAAAGCUACACUCUCCCACGGAAUACUUGUCCGGCAUGGCCACCAGCAGAAGAUGAAUGA